UGCUUUUUUUUCUUUUUAAUUAGUCUUUUUCAGAUAAACCCCUCUCUGACAACGACCUGUCUUGUUUUCACAUGGCUGCUAAACAUAAGUAGAAUUACUUUGUUAGGCAACCAUUAACAGGGCAUUAACAUUAAGAAAGAAUUGAAGGAGUUUCAAAAGAACAAGAUCAAUAUUUCAGUUGUGCUGCCGCCUGAAAUGCCUCUAUCGAAUGAGACUAUGAUCUGGCACAAUAAAAAAGGAAAAGUAGCUGAGAGGCAGAGAAAGGGUCAUUCACAAACAAAAGCGAAGUUUUUUCCAUUUCACGGAUAAACAGUAGAAAAUUUGAGGGAAGAUGAGCUGCACCUCAAUAAUUAGUGAGAGUUUGUGAUUGGUUUGGAAAAGCAUAAAGCAGUUGAUGUUGAUGCCCCAUGUAAUGAUCAGAGAGGCACAUGCUAAACCCAACAUUACCAGAGUCCUUUUUUCAUCUUUUUGAGAGUGUUUUUUCUCUUCAUCUCAUUCCCCACAAGUUGUGGUCCGACCUCCCUUAUCUUAUGCAUUCAACUCCCUCUUUUUCAUCACUAAACUUGGUCACAUCAAGCUUUAGUCUCAUUGUUUCUUCUCUUACUUGUAGCCUCCCUUCUCUUCUCUUCCCCACCUCAAAGAUUCCAAGGACAAUCAAACUAAGUGACUAACCACCUGCCUAACUCACUCCUUUUAUUUCUCAUAGCUCUCCCUUUUCUCCCUCUAUUUAGUUUCAUCUUUGUCAUUCACCUCAGAAUAGCUUCCAUCAAGCUUCUUGAGUUGGGUACUCUAAACAAAGUCCGAUAAUGCCACCGAUUCACUCUAGUCCAUAUUUCCAAAUGGACAAUCCGGCAAUACUGUCCUUGCUCCGGCCCACUCCAGGAGAGAAGCAUCGAAAGUCCGGUAGUGGCGGUCUCUGGCGUAUGUUCAAGCUCUUCCCUAUGCUAACCUCGGGUUGCAAGAUGGUUGCACUAUUGGGCAGACCUCGGAAGCCUUUGCUGAAGGACAGUGCUACAACAGGUACAAUUUUUGGCUAUCGUAAAGGCAGAGUUUGCCUAGCAAUACAAGAUGAUCCCCAUUGCGUGCCAAUGUUUGUCAUAGAGCUACCCAUGCUUACCACUGUACUUCAAAAGGAAAUGGCAUCUGAUAUAGUCAGAAUUGCUCUAGAGAGUGAAACCAAGACUCACAAGAAGAAACUGUUGGAGGAGUUUGUCUGGGCAGUGUUCUGUAAUGGAAGAAAGAUGGGUUACUCGAUCAGGAGGAAACAAUUGUCUGACGAUGAGCUUCAUGUUAUGCAGCUCUUGCGAGGUGUGUCAAUGGGUGCAGGGGUUCUUCCAAGCCCAAAUGAGAAGGAAACAGCCGAUGGGGAAUUAACGUACAUGAGAGCCAGAUUUGAGAGGGUGGUUGGAUCAAAGGACUCGGAAGCUCUAUACAUGAUUAAUCCAGAUGGAGCACCAGGACCGGAACUAAGUAUUUUCUUUGUAAGAGCUCAUUAGAAUUUGUGUUAUUUGUAUACUUGGAAAUUUUACGUGA